GUAAGCUGCAAUGUCACGGCCAAAGGCUGCAGCCUCACUGCACAGAAGCUCACCGAGAUAGCACUUUCUGAGACACAAGACAGUCCACGUGAGUGGCUGACACUUGGCAUGCUGCAACCACAGGACACCAGAGUGCAAGCUAUCAGCGUGCCAAUCCUUCUGCCCGUUGGAUAGCUGGCUUUCUUUGCGAGGUGCAAGGUCUGACAAUGGCACUGAAUGAGUGCUGCCUUCAAGCCUCCUUCCUGUAAGUGAUAGGACCAAACAAGGCGGUGUGAUGAACAUGCCACUGCAUCAAAUCUCUGUCAUUCCAGCUCAGGAUGUUACCUCUUCCAGAGUCUCCAGGAGCAAGACCAAAGAAAAAGAAGAACAGGCUGGCUAACAGGAGUCAUGCAACCAAGGGAAGCUACGCUGGAGAUACGUGCAUGCAUUUGUGCUGGAAAAUGAAGCUUCAGAAUGAGAAGGCUUUGGGGCAUUCUGUGAGCCGCUCUAGUAACAUCUCAAAGGCUGGAAGUCCAACCUCUAUCACAGCUCCUCAUAGCUUCUCUCGGACUUCUGUUACGCCAUCCAACCAGGACAUCUGCAGUUCCAGUGCAGUGUUUUCUGAAUGUUGUCAUCACAGUCCAGUGCAGUCUGCUGUUGUCUUGAAAAAUCCUCACUGCCAGAGCUCUCUGACACAAGGGGUCACUGUGACAGUAAUCUGUCAGGACACGUUACAUGCAGCAAAGAGAAACUCCCGUGGGCAGGAUCGGGGCCAGGCGCUCAGGUCUGCUAAGAAUAUAAAGCCCACCCGCACUCUGAAAUUCUCCAAGUCCCUCAAUGACGUGGACCAGAAGGCACAGAGCACCGGUGAGUGCUUUGACUACGUGGAGCGAACAUGCUCGGAAGGCAAAUUGACCCCGACUCAAGAGCAGUGUUUGAGGAUUAACAAAUUUCAUCUUAAAGAGAGGAAAUCGCUGAAUCUCAGGCCUCUUUCUUUUAGCAAUUCUAAACACUCCUACAUCCCUUCCCUUUCCAACUAUUCGAAUGCAUCAGGAGGAGCAGAAAACCGCAGCGCUGUACAUAUCCCCUUGCUGGAGGACAGAGUGGACCAUGACACCUCAAGAAGCAAAAAACUGUUGCGUUACCUUUUUUCCUUCUCCCACACCUCCAGCACCAGCAGCCUGCAUAAGUUCCAUGAACUGGAGAGCUAUUCCAGUCACUUCCAAGCUGAGAAAUCCUCCAGCAUGCUGGUGGAAAGCACAGACUUCUGCUCUGAGGACAUGGGAGACGAUGACGUCUUUGAGGACAGCACCUCAAUGAAACUGAGAACAAAAGAGCAGCGGGCACCACUGUGUUCGGUUGAGAAGGACAGUGACCUUGACUGCCCUUCCCCCCUCUCAGAAAAAUUCCCCCCUCUCUCCCCGGUGUCUGCAUCAGGGGAUACCUGCAGGAUAUGUCACUGUGAAGGAGAUGAUGAGAGCCCUUUGAUUACCCCCUGUCACUGCACGGGAAGUCUUCAUUUUGUGCACCAAGCCUGCUUGCAGCAGUGGAUCAAGAGCUCAGAUACACGAUGCUGUGAACUCUGCAAGUAUGAGUUCAUCAUGGAGACAAAGCUGAAGCCUUUGCGAAAGUGGGAGAAGCUGCAGAUGACAGCCAGCGAGAGGAGGAAGAUCAUGUGCUCUGUAACAUUCCAUAUCAUUGCCAUCACCUGCGUUGUGUGGUCUCUGUAUGUCCUCAUAGACAGGACUGCUGAAGAGAUUAAACAAGGACAGACUACUGGGAUUCUAGAAUGGCCAUUUUGGACUAAGCUGGUUGUUGUGGCUAUUGGUUUCACUGGAGGACUUCUGUUCAUGUAUGUACAAUGCAAAGUGUACGUACAGCUGUGGAAGAGACUUAAAGCUUAUAACCGAGUAAUAUAUGUACAAAACUGUCCAGAAACUAGUAAAAAGAACAUUUUUGAAAAACCUGCACUAAUGGAGCCAAACUUCGAAAAUAAAGAAAUGCUUGGGGUUCACCAUUCAGAUACAAACUCUUCACAUUACACAGAGCCAGAAGACUGUGCUGCAGAAAUCCUUCACGUCUGAUUACUGGGUGGGAAGAGUGAUUCUGUAUGUCCUUGAAGAUUUAAAAUAUCAUUGUUUACUGCAAGCUGCUCUACCUUUUUAAAAUCGGCUAACAGCUGAGGGCUGGCGGAUGACUUUUUUUACCUUUGUGUUUUGUUGGAAUUUUUUAAAAUCCCUUUGGCAUAUCUGUCAAUGUUAUCAUGGUUGCGUACCUCUCAACAUUAUGUCUCACAUGCUGGCUGAUCAAAGAGCCACAGGUAGCUGGGUAGAAUGAGCCUCGGUUGUGGUGUCAAGCAAGCCAUUGGUGGACUGUCAUCAACUGCAUAUGGAGUCUGUUACUUUAGAAUAUGACUCUAAAUGAUUGUGGAAUACAUGUAGAGUAUGGACCGGUUGUUUUUUUUUUUUUUUUGCUGUUUGUUUGUUUGUUUUUCUUAAGCAUAAUGAAGGAGGUUGUCCCAGAUGCUGCAGGGAAUGAGAGCUAGAGUCUAAUCUACCGCUAACACUGCCACUAACAUUUUGUUUUAGGCAGCAGGUGUAACAUUAUGCUUUACAUAUUGUGAUGAGACUCACAAAGCACUUUUAAAAAUCUUUAUUUUAUGAUGUGUAUGUCCAAUGAGAAUGAAACUUGAAAGAAUGUGUCAUUUGCAGAACACUUCUUCGUUCUUUAACCCAUCCAUUCUACUAGAACGCCUCUUGCCUUAUUUAAAAAAUAAAAAUAAACAAAUUCCAAUGCAUAAUUUCCAACACAUGCCCACAUUAUCCUACUAAACGUAACACUAAAAAUCUGCCUCUUUGGGUUUCCUUUGAGGAGCAGUUAUUUUUGAAGGAUAUUGCACCCGUGACAUGUGGAUGUGUACAGUGUUCAUUUUCAAUGAAUAAGAGUUUCAAUGCUCUAUUUUAGGGAUUGGUUUUGCUUUUUUGUUUUGUUUUGAACAGGUCAGACCAUCAAUAAAUCUCCAUAUAUAUACCUAAUGUAACUGUCAUUCCAGACCGUUGGUAAAAGAUUUGCUGGUAUACUGGUGAAAAUGUGAGCUGCUGUGGAAGAAAGAUAUUUAGUCAAUACAACUGAAGUUGAUUUUCUUUCUUUAGUACUGUGUCAUGUGUGAAUUACCCAAGAAUUUGACAUUGUGAAAGGAGUUGCUAAGAUCAAAAUUUAGGAAGUAAGUAUUGCAUUAAGUGGAUGAAUUAAAAAAAAAUACUUGCCUGUUUUAGUUCUGAUGUGAUGCGUUACAUGGUCAGAGAAUAGCUUUGUCUGUUGCUUUGAAUUUGGGACUGGCUAUUUAAUCUGUCAGCCUUAAUGAAAAGAGGGACAAUUUUAAAAUCUGUUUGCAGAGCUUUAGACAGACUUGCCCAAAGCCUGGGAUGUCUGCUGUCAAUUCACUUGACCAGUUUGCUUCACUGUCCAGCUUCGAGCUCUCGUUCAACCAAAGUCUCACAUCAGUGUGACUGGGGUGGACACAAAGCCCCACUGAAACUCAGUACAUGAGGCUUCUGUGUAUGAAUGCUAACUUACUCUACCUGAGCCCAAUCUAAAUCUCUGUAAAGUCAAUGAAAAUUUCCUGAAUGAUGUUAGUAGGAAUCUCCUGGACUUCUCUGCUACGUAAAAGCCUCUACUUCUUUGUUGAGAUACUGAAUUAUAUCCCUAGGUCCAGUUCAGGUUUUGCUUUAUCCUUUUCAAGUACAACAUCACUGGGCGUGACCUUUUCAUAGUAAAAGUGGUUGCUUUAACGUAUCCCCAAAAACAAGAUAUCAUUGAUUUUUCCUUUUUUUUUUUUCCUGAUAAUAUACUAUUUAUUUAUUUCUAUGUUAAUCUUUUUGAAAAAUGCCUGAGAUGGAACUAAGGUAAGAGAACACACACGAUGAGUUGUUGAAAGUAGUGUGUGUGCAUGCAUGCCUCUGUAUGGUCUCAUGCUUGAAGCCUCCUGGCUGUGUUCUUCAUGAACAACACAGUACCUUGUCCUUGAAAAACAGACCUCUAGGCAGUCCUAGCAAAGCUGCACUGGCAUGGGUUGGCAUGCUGUGCUAGUUGUCAGGAUAUACCAUGCUUAUGUGAUGUAGGCAGACGAGCCCUGCACAUCAUAGUGGACAGCAGUCUUCAUGACCAUAUGCGUGUAGAGCUUGUUGUCUAUGCCUGCCAUGUUUUAAAGUGCAAUUACUAAGACCCUUUGCUAUGAAUGAUCCUGUUCUAAGAACCCGGAUAACAUUCAGUCUUGUUUUGUUUUCUUUUUUUGAUCUGUGAAAAAAAAAUACUGGAUAAACUCAGGUUAAUAUUAGGUCUUACAUACCUUCAUAAUUUUCUUCUGAAAUGCCCAGUGCACAAGGCUUUCAUGUCUGCAAGAUGCAGAGAAUCAGCUGUAUGCAUUCUCAUCUGGUCUGUGGACUGUAGGGGAAAUGGAAGUCCUGGGACAAGUCCUGGUAUGAAACCUGUUUGUGCUCCAGUUUGCAUCUGAGAGGCAGUGGUGUCUGACUGGUGUUCUGGCAGUGCCACUUAAGCAUAUUGUAACACACUUGUCCUGUUUUAAUCACUGUCAUAAAUGAUUCUUGAUGAAAUCUCAUUUGGCAUUUUGGAAGCUCUGUGCAGUAUAUACCAAUUAGUGUUCAGUGUAUUCAGGAUACUGGAUGUUUUUGCUGUGGCCCUGUGUAUCCUAGGAAGAAAAAACAUCUCUAUUAAAAUCAUCUGGGGAAAAAUAAUUGCAGAUAAAACUGUUUUAGCCAGUGCUACUACUAACCAUCCCCUUUCUCCAGUGGCUCUUACCCGAAAGACAAUAAUGCUUAGUAUUUAAAUUCUCUUUAAUGGUGAGAAUUGCUCGUACUAGGAAGGGCUGCAGAAGAGAUGCAUCUGCCAGGACUUGUCAUUUAAGCUGGUCAUACUUGAACUGAUUCUAGCUUAAUGUUAACAGGGAGCUUCUGGAGCUGCGGUUCUCUGCUUCUACAUGGUGCUACCAAAUGGUAUAAGAAGGCUGAAUGGCGCUUUUUCCUUCUUGUUUCUCUAAGGAGAUUCUGUUGACUUGUGUUCAGCUUCCAGCUGCAAGGCACUUGUGCUAGCUUGGGUGAGCUCCAUCCUGCCCACCUGGAUGUUGGUAAUGGAAAACACCACUCCCAUCACAUCAGGCAUUCCAGAACUUCCUUUUGGCAGCUUUUGAAAUGACUAAAAAAAGUGUGACUUGUUUUGAUCCUUGUUUCUUGGCCAACAUUAGGUCAGGUUGCCUGGGACUUCUCUGGGACAAGAAUUAAAAUAGGAGGGAAUAUGGACUUAGUACCAGCUACCGUAGCCCUUUCCGUAGAUUACCAGAGCCUUUGCUCUAGAGAUCUGACCAAACUCCCAUGCUAUGGACUUACAUCCUGUCUGGAAAAGCACUGAUUAUGCCAAGGAAAUCUCCCUUCAGUGCAUCUGCCAGGUCAUGACCAUGCGUUAAUGUUAGAAGCACAGCAUGUGCUGCAGAAGAUUGCUUCACUCUAAGAGAUCAUGAGAUAUUAAAUUCCUAUGAAUUCUCAGGACUUUUUUGACUGUAAACUGAUAUUCUGACUAAAGAGGUGGCCAGACUUGGAGACAGAGUCAUCUGGUUGAAUGUCAUUGAGGUUGGCUUUGCUUCAGCAGGAGGUUACACUGGUACAGAGGUAACUCAUCCAUCCCUCCUGCCACUUCCCUACACUGAUCAGAGCACCUGGUCUGCGUGUGCUGGUGCUGCAUCAGGAGCAAGUUCCUCUGCCCUGCAUUUGGCUGGCUAAGUAUGUUACAAAGUGAGACUCAGAUCCAAAUUUCCUUUAGGCUGGGGCAUAUUAACAGGUUUCUGGUGUAGGUCUGCUGAAAAGGAGGUCUGUGAGUCUGAGUUGGGUCCCUUGCAAAUAUGGGGUGAAACAGGGCAAAUACAAAAGCAUGGCUAUUGCUGGCUGGGUUUUCACUGCAUUAUAUUGGAUAUGCAAAGAAAACUUCUAAACAGGACUUCUAUCUUGUGAUUAUUUUUUAGUUUGGAGGUAUUGCGGUGUCUGUAUAUUCCAAUGAAGUACUGAAAGCACUUGUCUUUGUAUAGAAGAUAACUGUUUAAAAAUUGCAGCUGAUCUUGUAUUUAGGUAAAACAUUUGUAGAUAGGUAAUUGUAUAAUGUUAAACAACUUUACACUGGCAUGUGUUGUAUAGUUUAUACAAGACACUUCACAGUUCUGCAGAAUUUUUUAGUUAGUAAAUUUCUAGUAACUUAAAUGUAUAGUUUUGUAUCCUUUCAUGUAUGUUCUUAUUCUCAGUAUUACCACUUGCAGAAUUAUUUUUAGUUUCUUAAACUGUAAUUGGUUAUUUGUGUGUGAUACACAGGGUUAUUGACUGCAGCAAUAAAGUGUUUCUAUAAAAAAACAGAACAAA